GUGCAGCUGGUUUUCAAUUCAUAUUCAUGGCACAAAUCGGCUAAUUGUGGAAUAAUAAUACAUAUACAAUUACUAUUCUAUUUAUUUGGCUAUAUGGAUUAUGGAUGGACAGAUAGUGGAUAGUGUGACAGUUGAUGAAUCAUGGACGUACGAGUUGCAAAAUGGAAGAGAUGGAGACAAUUGCGAACAAAACUCUGGCAGAGAAACACCUCCGAAAAUUUGGCUCAUUUUUAGAGGAUCACAGCCGACGUUUACUUGACGUGACGGAGAGAGAUGUGGGAGGAGGACGGAAAGACGACCCCUCGUCGACCGGAUAUGUUAAAUCCUAUGCAAAAAUCCAUCAUAUCUGGGACCAGUCCACAUGUCCGAUUCGGCUAAGUUGGACUCCCAUUCCGGAUGGACUGACUGGAUUUGAAGAGAUUAUCUCCAUCCCUUUACCCCCGGAAGGAAAUCCAGACGUGCAAAAGGUGCUUCUAGUCUUAACGAACCUCACCCACCAGCUAAAUUUGCUAAGGGAGCAGAUACAUGCCAAAUUUAUUGUGCCCCUUCUCCUCUACGGGGAUGGGUUCGAGGAAGAUGGUUCACUUUCUGGUCAUGAUACUGCAUCCUUGUCGGAAGGAGAUGGUCAUAUCGCGAUAGCAAAAUUCAUUCCACUACUUCAUCAGCUACACCAGCUACUUAAGGUUGGGAAGGACCUUUGCAUUCAUUGGAUGGCGCAGAUGGGUGCACUUUUUAAGGAUUCCAAACCUCAUGUCGUAGUCAUUUCCAGUUUGCAGUUACACACAGUGUUCCGAUCCUUUGGGGAUUUCCUUGGUGUGCUUAUCAUUUUAGAUGAAGUUAUCCGUGCUCAGUUUGUGCUGAAAGAACAUUGGUCAAAGUAUCGUCAAAUGGUAACCUCAGUUCAAGCGGAUUCCGAGUCCUUCGUCUCAGGUACGGAAUCUGACAAACUGCUUGCCUUAGAUCGUGACAUGUUUUUUCUCGAGAAGGAGGUGGUAUCGGGACACACUUUUAAGAACAUGCUGCACGAAUUGGUUCGAUUUGGGGGCAAAGGAUUUGCAAAAGGGGCUUACAUACAGGAAAAGUUUCAAAGUUACCUGGCCCAAGUGGGUCCAUCAAUUGAGAAGGAUUUUUUGGAUGAAAACGACGAGUUAAAACCAAUAGCUGUCUCGGCCCUAUUUGUCUUUUCGGCAAUGGUAUUUUCAGCUUCUUUUGACUGGAGAAAGUUUUACCAUAGGUAUCUGCUGGAACCAGUCAAGAAAGUUGUCGCUGUACCCAUCGGAAGUUCUGUUCUCUGGAUUCCUGAAUUAUUUCUCAACAAAUUUCCUGUCAGUGGUGUUUCAAGUGCUCGUUUAUAUGAUGUCAAAACGCUCCAGCUUUGUGCGACAAAUCGACAAAAUUAUAUCCACAAAAAAAAUUCUAACUUUCAACGUGAAGUUAUCGACUCUACCGUUCAAGUUGGAACGUGGUCCAUUCGUCUACAAGAAGUGUUUUAUUCUAAAAAUCUGAACCAACUGAAACUCGACGAUCUCUCCAAACGAUGUAACCUUCUUUUGUAUGGACUCAAGCUUGCUCAAACUCUAAGUCAAAACUUUCGACUCACCAUGAGUCUUCACGCUCAUUUUGGAAAACCAGUGUCAAAACAGAUCGUUUGUCUCCUGUGUCAAGUUUUAGAACUCCUUAAAGAAAUUCAGGCCACAUUCUUUCGGUUCUCGGUGCAAAUUGAAAAUUCUGCAAUUUAUAUACUUCAGCAUGUCUUAAACACAGCCCUCAACAAUCUGAAAGGAGUCCAGAAAUUGAUGUGUUCUCCAGAAUUUAAAAAGAUGGAUGAACUUCGAGCCGACUCUUUGUCCGUGAUGAAGAUAUUGGAAAAUUCCAUGAAGGGGCCACCCUCAACAAAACGACUCCUAGUUGCAAAGGUAACACUGGAUUGGACUCUAAGCAAUGCUAAGUUCUGGAAGGGCGACGAUGCAGCUUUAAUCUUACCCGCAGCCAUUGAAAGGAUUUCUGUCCUGGUCAAUCUAGGUCAACGUAUUAAUGAGCUAUGCAAUGGGUCCGAGUUAUUCUGGCAUCGGAUUAUUUUAUCCACGUAUUUCUCCGCCAUUUACAAGAACGAGGUGGAUGCGCAGAAAUUACCAUUGAUAUUCAUGGUCAUCCAAGACUGUUACAGAUUUCUUGAAAAUAGUCCACAUCGAGAGCAAGCGAAAAAAUCAUUUGUCGCCGAAGUGAAUGGUUAUAUCAAGAAAAAUUUACAGGAAAAAUUGUGCCAAGAGGUGGAAACUGAUUUGAGAUUAAUGGCACACACGCAUUUGCAAGUUCAGGCUCAAGAGACAAUAACUUCUCCAUUCCGGGUGGGGGUUCAGGAACAUUAUUAUUUGCUCAUGUGUCCAACCCUCUCAUUUGAAUCGGAACACUCUGUAAACUUUAGACUGAUGACGGAAUACUACUUGAGCAAAACAUUUUAUAACUUGGCGUCUGUUGCUCUUCAUGACUGGCAGUCUUAUGCUACAAUGAGGGCACUGGCUUCUGAGAAAUAUCUUUUGGAUGUGGGUGACGACCAUUUACCAGGACACAGUUUAGAACAGGGUCGUGAUAUUCUUGAAAUUGUGCGAAAUCUUCCCACAUUUGUCCAAGAAUUUACGUACAAUUUGAACAAUCAGGUUUUUAUUCAAAUCGGUUCUAAAAACAAACACUUGGACACAGUGAAUAUUCGUCACUUAGCAAAUUCGAUGAGAACCCAUGGAACGGGAAUGACAAAUACAACUGUUAAUGCAGCUUAUCAGUUUUUGCGACCUAAAAUGCAUCUCUUCUCUCAGUGCCUUUUUGAAGAACAAAUCCGGUCACGCUUAUCUAAAGAUAUUCGUCUAUUUAAACAAGCAAGGCAAGACCCAUCGUUGUCGUCGUUUAGUUCAACUAAAACUCACUCUUCGUCACAGCCUCCAAAUUUUCCUUUUAAAGUUGCUGAGAAAUUUAAAAAGGGAAUAAAAAAAUUGGGAGUACAGGAAGGAUUAACUUGGCUGGACAAGUUUAGAGUUCUAAUUUCACAUAUUGGAAAUGCUCUUGGGUUUGUACGACUAGUCCGAUCUGGUGGACUGCAUUAUUUGGCAGGAGGGUGUCGUUUCAUUCCUGAUCUCGACGACAUAUCUGCAUUCAGUAUCUCAUCGGGGGAGAAAGGAGUUACAUCAGAAAUAUACAGUGCUACAGAUGAAGAGACAGAACUGAAGGUGACCCAGCAUCUUGAAUUGGCUAUUAAAGGUGUGGAUUCCACUUUAUCGAAAUUCUUCGGGGGUGAAGAUUAUUUUGGGCUAUUGGUGAAAGCUUUCCGAGCCGGCUGUAUGCACGACAGGAAUGCUCAUUUGAAGAAUUUCUAUGUCUUAAUUCCUGCAUUAACACUUUCCUAUGUGGAUCAUAUGCGGCAGUGUAAAGAGAUGCUGGCUAAGAAGGCUAAAACUGCAACCAUCUUUACUGACGAUGGGUUUCCAAUGGGAGUCGCCUAUUUAUUACAAGUGUUGGGGCAGGACGACGAUUUUGACUCCCUUGGUUGGUUUCACUCCGUUAAGCAGCAUUACGAAGAUGAGAAACAAAAAGAAAUGCAAAUUAUAACCGAGUCAAAAAAUGAUGAAAAGUUGGAGCAAACCAGUAAACUAACAGCCAAACGCUUCCAUGACCAAUUACAGGAAUUUGAACUUUUGAGAUUUAACUUAAGCUCUGCCAGAAUAUUUUUUCAAUAUAAUAAUAAUUCUAGCUCUAAAACGCAGUAAUUUAGCAAAAUCGCCACAGUAACCGAAAUAAAUCAUAAUCAAUCACUUGCUGUAAUUUGCUACUGGAUUAAUUUGGAAUGCAUUUGUACUACUAAUAAUAAGCGAUAAUGAGAAUAAAUGCAACUUACAAUGUUGAAGAUGAUGCUA